UUCAGUCAACCAUCACAUCCAACUCUCAUGUCAAGUGACAUAUUUCAGGAUUUUCCCGGCAAUGCAUGUUAUUCUGGACACGAAAAAUUGUAUAUCUCAUGAUGCAAUAGUGAACGGUAUGUGACAUGGUCUUCCGCUUUAAUCUGGGUGUAGACAGUCUAUUGUAACUACAACAACGCUACACCAACAAAAUUGGCAAAGCAGAAACAGACUGACACGGCUACUUCCUUUGCUAUUGUGGUGAAGGUUUAGCAUCAUCAUCAUCAGCAUCAUCAUGGCACCUCAUCCAGUGGUCCAGGCCAUCAUAGACCUCUCAGCUGGAGCGAUAGGUGGGACAGCCUGUGUGUUCAGUGGCCAGCCGUUUGACACAGCCAAGGUGAAAAUGCAGACCUUCCCUUCCAUGUACCGAGGCUUCCUCCACUGCUUCAUGUCCACCUACAGACAGAUGGGUCUGAGAGGGCUGUACCAGGGAGCCACCCCAGCCCUCAUAGCCAACAUCGCAGAGAACGCUGUCCUUUUCAUGAGCUAUGGUUUCUGUCAGGAUGUGUUGCGGCGAAUCACCGGGAUGGACCGAGCCGUAGAACUCAGUGACCUCCAGAAGGCGUGUUCAGGCUCCCUAGCGUCCAUCUUCUCCUCCCUGGCUCUCUGUCCCACCGAGCUGGUCAAGUGUCGUCUGCAGGCCAUGCAUGAGAUGGAGGCCUCCGGCAAGAUACCCUCAGGGCAGAAGAGUUCGGUGUGGUCCGUGGUUCGGACUGUGUUGAGGAAGGACGGUCCUCUUGGGUUCUACCAGGGUUUGACUACGACCAUCGUCAGGGAAGUGCCCGGGUAUUUCUGCUUCUUCGGAGCCUACGAGCUCUGUCGCACGACAUUUGCUCAGCAUCUGAGCACCGAAAAGGAUGGCAUAGGCGUUGUCCCUCUGAUGUUCAGUGGUGGGUUUGGGGGAGCAUGCCUGUGGCUGGUCAUCUAUCCCAUAGACUGUGUGAAGUCCAGGAUCCAGGUCCACUCCCUAGCAGGCAGACAGCAAGGCUUCAUCAAGACCUUGAUGGGGAUCAUACGCACUGAAGGAGUGGCUCCUCUCUACUCAGGCCUCACUCCCACCAUGAUCAGAACCUUCCCUGCCAACGGAGCUCUCUUCUUGGCCUAUGAGCUCAGCCGUAAGGCGAUGAUGCAGAAGUUUGGAGACGUCUGAUUGGCUGAUCCUUUCUCCUCACGACGGACACUUCCUGUUUCCUCCACCAAUGCCUGCACUUUUGUUGGCAUCCCAAAAUGGAACCUUAUGUUUAAACAUGAUUUUUAAAGUCUGAAUGUAUUUUUUUUUGGUAUAAAAUAUGCCUUUUAUUGUUGUUGUAGCUAUUGCAUAUGCAAGGAUAAUGCCUACAUUUGUUGAGCAGGUCACAGUUAUUUGAGAAUGUAGAGUGUGUGGUGUUCUGUAAAAACUUUAAAUAAAGUCACACACUCUAUAUUGAAUGGCUAAUCCUAACCUACCAUAUACAGUGUGAUAUUUCUCUCUUUUUUAUACAGUUUACUCACACUUAGUCAACACUUCUACAAAACAGGUUUUCAGGUGUGUGUCAGCUUAUGCUUUUUACAGUUAUUCUAUGGGACACCUAUCCACUGUGAAGGUACUGUGAAUCUACUGUGAAGGUACUGUGAAUCUACUGUGAAUCUACUGUGAAGGUACAGUAAAGGUACUGUGAAGGUGCUGUGAAUCUACUGUGAAGGUACUGUGAAUCUACUGUGAAGGCACUGUGAAGGUACUGUGAAUCUACUGUGAAUCUACUGUGAAGUCACUGUGAAUCUACUGUGAAGGCACUGUGAAGGUACUGUGAAUCUACUGUGAAGGUACUGUGAAUCUACUGUGAAGGUAUUGUGAAGGUACUGUGAAGGCACUGUGAAUAUACUGUGAAUCUACUGUGAAGGUACUGUGAAGGUACUGUGAAUCUACUGUGAAGGUACUGUGAAGGUACUGUGAAUCUACUGUGAAGGUACUGUGAAAGUACUGUGAAGGUACUGUGUAUAAUUAGAACUGUGCAUUCAUAGAGGUGUUUUACCAUUCAAACUGGUGCCGAACCACGGCCAGUUGAGAGGCACAUGGUCAUGGUAUUAGAUUAAGUGUAUACUCUGGUAAGCACAAUGACUUAUGGAAGACGCCGUUCUUUAUAACAAACACAUGUAUUUAUAAAGCUCUUCUUACAUCAGCUGAUGUCACAAAGUGCUGUACAGAAACCCAGCCUAAAACCCCCAACAGCAAGCAAUGCAGGUGGAGAAGCACCAUAACAAUAAACAUUCACUAAUAACUGCUGAUUUUAUAUUC